AUGGUAAAAAUAUUAUUUGGAGGUGGUUGUUUAAAGGCAGCUGAAGAAGGAUGUCUUAAAAAAACAUUAAUAUUUGAUAAUGAUUUAUUAAAAUUUGAAGAAAGUUCUCCUUUUAUUAUUCCUAGAAGAGGUGGACAAUUCCACAAAAUUGAAGAUAAUCUUUAUGUAUUUGGAGGAUGUGAAGGAUAUAGAAAACAUUUAGAUAGUAUAGAAAUAUAUAAAAAUAAUGAAUGGAAUAUUUUGAAUGAUACAAAAUUACCAAAUAAAAAUAGUUGUUUUAGUUCAAUAAAUAUUAAUAAAAAAUCUGUAAUAAUUUUUGGUGGUUUUAAUGGUUUUGAAUGUUUAAAUGAUGUCUAUCAAAUUAUCAAUGAAAAUAAUGAAAUUAAAAUUAUUGAAUUACCAAAAUUAAUUACAAGAUUAAAAAAUUCAGCUGUAUGUUAUAAAAAUAAUCAAUCAACUGAUUCUUUAUUAUUUGGUGGAUGGGAUGAAUCAAGAACAUUAAAAACUAUUUUUGAGUAUAACUUAGAAAAACAACAACUUUUUAUGGAUGGAUUGAUGUGUAUACCUUUAGAAGGUCAUACAAUUACUAAUAUUUUUUCUAAUAAAAAACUUUCAUUUAUCAUUGGUGGUUAUGAUGGUAUUUCUGUUAGAAAUAGUAUUUUUUUAUAUAAUUAUGAAGACAAAAGUAUGAAAAAAUUAGAUAUUUGUUUAAAAAUUCCAAGAGAAAAUCAUUCUACUAUAUAUGAUGAUGAAAAAAAAUUAUUAUUUAUUGUAAAUGGUUGGAAUGGUCAUGAAUCAUUAAAUAGUAUAGAAAUUUUUGAAUUAAUAUUUCAAGAACCUUGGUUAAUUGCAAAAAAUGAAAUAUUUUCACCAGUUAAUAGUAGUAAACUUUGCACAAUAAUCAUGUAA